AUGCUUCGAUCUGAUUGGGGCGAUGCACGACCAGCAACAAUUGCUUCAACGACCUUGAAGGCGGUUGUUCUCGUUGGUGGUGCUCAGAAAGGGACGCGUUUUCGUCCACUUUCCUUGCAAGUACCAAAACCUUUAUUUCCUAUAGCGGGAGUACCGCUCAUCGAGCAUCAUAUUGAACAACUUUCAAAGGCAAAAAAAUUUCAUUUCCAGCUUGAUGCUGUCGUGGAAAUUUUUUUGAUUGGAUUUUAUCCAGCGAAGCAGUUCCAUGAUUUCAUUGAAAAAUGCCUGGAUAUAUAUCACAUUAAAAUCAGGUACUUGGAAGAACCAGAAGCUUUGGGUACAGCAUGUGGACUAUACCAUUUUCGGUCUAUUCUUCUAGAAGGCAAUCCAAGUGCACUAUUUGUGCUGAAUGCCGAUGUUUGUGGCGAUUUACCAAUUGCUGAAAUGGCUCAUGAAUUGACCGUAAAAUGUAAUGCUCAUGGAUUAUUGCUUACAACUGAAGCUACUCGUGAACAGUCUGUUAAUUAUGGUUCUGUAGUUAUUGAUUCCGAUGGAAAAGUUCUUCAUUAUGUAGACAAACCAACAACUUUUGUUUCACAAUUUAUUUCUUGUGGCGUCUAUCUGCUCCGUUCUAGCGUUAUUGAAAGAAUUGGUAUAGCGCAAAGUUGUUCUGACACAAAACAGGUUUGGCUCGAGACAGAAGUUUUUCCUCAGAUGGCUUCAGAAUCCGUGCUCUAUGCAUUGAAGACAAAGCGAUGGUGGAGUCAGACAAAAACUGCAGCUGCAGUACUUUAUGCAAAUCGUCAUUAUCUCCGUUUAUAUCAUAUUUCCGAUCCAUCACGAUUGUGUCAUGAUAAAGCGCACAUUAUCGGAGACGUUUUUAUCGAUCCUACUGCAGAAAUUAAUCCCACAGCAAAAAUAGGACCGAACGUAAGUAUUGGUGCAAAUGUUAAGAUAGAGGCUGGGGUUCGUGUUCGUGAAAGCAUUAUUUUGGCUGGAGCUGUAAUCAAUAAACAUGCUUGUAUUUUGCACUCUGUAAUCGGUUGGCGUAGUGUGAUUGGUGCUUGGUCUCGCGUAGAAGGUACACCAAUUACACCAAAUCCAAACAUUCCUUUUGCUCAAGUAGAUAAUAAAUCCUUAUUCAAUGUAGAUGGUCGUCUUAAUCCAUCACUAACAAUUCUUGGAUCUGAUGUUCACGUUCCGGAUGAAAUAAUUAUUCUUAAUUCCAUAGUGUUGCCUUAUAAAGAACUUACAUCCAGUUAUAAAAAUCAAAUUAUAUUAUAA